AUGACUCCUUUCAUCGGUUUUGAUAGCAACGCGUGUGCGUCCUCCGGUACUGAUAUCCUCAGGCAGUCCGAAAUCAGUCUUCAAGCCCCGAUAUCCUGUCCAUCUAAUUGCUUUUGUUGUUCGCACUCUGAAACAAGCGGGUCAGCAAGCCGCUCUUACUCUGAGACAUCAAGGGACUCAACUGAAUCUCUCGUUUAUGAUAUUCUACAACUGAAUGUGCUGCACACAGGCCGCCUCAUGAUUCAGUUGGCACGAUAUUCGAGAUAUCGCCUACCUGAUGAGCCCCAAGAAGGGCGAAACCGGUCGUGGGCUGUCGAGGAGUUUUCAGCAACCUUCCAACAAACAGGAGGCUGCUUUCGACAGAUGCACUCGUUUGCGUACAUGGGAGACCCAUCUGAAUCUCUCGUUUAUGAUGUUCUUCAGUUGAAUAUCCUGCACAAAGUUCGCCUCAUGAUUCAGCUGAUUUCCUGUAUCCAAGCACAAGUUCCUGGUUGUUCUGUGAAUGAGGCCCGGGAAGCUCUCGCCUACCUCACAAACCCGUUCUUUUCCGUUAACCCUUAUCUCCACAUCCCACCCAUUCCUUCAGCUCCUUUUUACCAGCCAUCCGUCGGAUCUCCCACCUAUGAGCUCCUCACCCAACAGACUUGCCACGGAAGCAAGACCGAACUUUGUGUUGGUUUCUUUGAUCCUCUGGCAAGCUUCCCGAGUACGCCGCAACACGGCUUUUAUGUGAACGACAAGUUUCGUUUCAACAUCGCUACACACGUCCACAUCGUCCAGUUACGCGGCAAUGUCACUUCAUUAAACAAACCAUCAGGCGCCAAAUGGUUAAUGGCGGCCCCGACAGGUCCCGACGAGAUUCUCCUUAACUAA